UGGAGUCUGUCCCAUGGGCUCCCACUUCUCCCAGCUCCAAACACCACCGCUCUGCAGAGCCCAGAUCCCAUUCAGCACUUUUUCACCUCCGAACUGAGACUCUGACAGAAAAAGCAAAUAAUUUCUUCGGCUGACUUUGGAUGUUUUUCUCGGAGGUGCAGGGGGAGAUGCAGAAGAAAUGCAAUUCUUCUGCAUCUGAGAAAAAGCAUCUCUCCAUCUGAGAGCGUCACUGGACUGGUCCUGGUUAUGCACUGAGCUUUAAGCUGAAAGACUUUUCUUUUCCACCAGCCGAACCUUCCGUAAGAACACUUGCGGAGAGAAAAACUUUACUUUUUUUUUUUGUGUGUGUGUGUGUGUUCCCGCAAAAGACUAAGGAUCGAAAGUUUGGAGAACUGUGCUAAACAUGCGUCCGGUUCUGGUUCUGGUGGGAUUAUUUCUCCUCUCUUCUCCAUCAGCAAGAGCGGAGCCGGAGCUGCUGGAGGAGGAGGAAGAGGAGGAGGAGGAGAGCUCCUGCCACGGCGCCUUUGACCUGUACUUUGUGCUUGAUAAGUCUGGCAGUGUGAUCGGCCACUGGAAUGAGAUCUUUGAAUUUGUGAAGAACUUGGCGGAGAAGUUUAAAAGUCCCAUGCUGAGGAUGUCCUUCAUAACGUUCAGCUCCAGAGCCUCCACCAUCAUGAAGCUAACAGAAAACAGAGUGAAUAUCCAAAAGGGCCUGAAUGCUCUGAAGAAAGAGAAACCUGGUGGGGAUACGUUGAUGGACCUGGGGCUGCUGAGGGCAAACGACCAGAUACGCAAGGAAAACUUUGGGACGGCCAGUGUGAUCAUCGCUCUGACAGACGGUGACCUGCAAGAGCAGCAGCUCUUCGAUGCACAACAGCAGGCAGAGGAGGCCAGACGACUGGGAGCGAUCGUGUACUGUGUUGGUGUCAAAGACUUCAAUGAAACGCAGCUGGCCACCAUUGCGGACACCAUAGAGCAUGUGUUUCCUGUGCUAGGAGGGUUCCUCGCCCUUAGGGGUGUCAUUGACUCGAUCAUCAAGAAAUCCUGUAUUGAAAUAUUGGCAGCAGAACCGUCGAGUGUGUGCGCAGGAGAGACAUUUCAAGUCGUGGUGAGAGGGAACGGAUUCCUCCACGCAAGAAACAUCGACCAGGUGCUCUGCAGCUUCAAAAUCAACGAUACCGUCACAGUCAAUGAAAAGCCUGCUGGUGUAGAAAACACAUUCUUACUGUGUCCAGCUCCUGUCAUCGAUGAGGUUGGAAAGGUGAUUUAUCUCCAAGUGAGCAUGAAUGACGGUCUGUCCUUCAUCGGCAGCAACGUCCACAUCACCACCACAGAGUGUUUUGAUGGCACCAUCCUGCUGAUAACGCUGCUGGUGUUGUUCCUCCUGCUGGCCCUCCUCUUCAUGUGGUGGUUCUGGCCUCUGUGCUGCACUGUGGUGAUCAAGGAGCCUCCACCUCCUCCGCCUCCUGAGCCUGAGUCAGAUGACGACGAUGGCCUGCCAAAGAAGAAGUGGCCCACUGUGGACGCCUCAUAUUACGGAGGAAGGGGAAUCGGUGGAAUCAAGAGGAUGGAGGUACGAUGGGGCGGAAAAGGCUCCACCGAGGAAGGGGCCAAGCUGGAGAAGCCAAAGAACGCAGUGGUGAAGAUGCCGGAGCAGGAGUACGAACCUUACGAGCCCAAGCCCAAGAAAGCUCACAACAAGAAGCCGCCUCAAAACCGCAAGUGGUACACACCCAUCCAGGGUAAGCUGGACGCCAUCUGGGCUCUGUUUCGCCGCGGUUAUGACCAGGUUUCCCUGAUGAGACCCCAGCCUGGUGACCAUGGUCGAUGCAUCAACUUUACAAGAGUAAAAGACGAUUCGGCAACCAAGGCCCCACCCCGUACUCCAAUUCAUGCGCCAUCGCCGCCUCCGCCGGACUACCGUCUCGUUACCCGCUCCGCCUCCUCGUCUCCUACCUCUUCCAGCCCACCAGCCAGGUCACCACCAUCAGGCCAGGUGCCUCCGGGGCCCCCGCCGUCCCGCACGCCUCCAGGGCCGCCUUGUCCUCCACCAGCCCGUCCUCCACCCUCCCUACAGCCCUAAAUCAUUCAGAAAAACCUUCUCCGCCCUCCCGCCCUAUACAUUUUGAUAUCACAUUGAUAUUACUACCCGUCUGAGCAUGUGUUUAAUCUUAAAGGAGGCGGUCCUGCUGCCAAGUAUCCUCCUGCCUUAUAGCAAAGAUCAGCUGCAUGCUGAAGCUGAGACAUGUGUCUUCCUUCUGUCGUCUGGGAUAGAGUCUCAAGCUAAGCUGCAAGCUCACAACUAUAGUCAUGUGACAUGCUCCUGUGCCUUUACAUGGUUAACUACAGAUUAAGAAUGUGCUUGAGUUGAAUGCUUUCUGUAACUAAUGCCAAAGCAAAUGCUGCAUAAAUCGAAGGGCAAAAACAUUUCUUUGAACUGUGGUUUAACUUGACAUUCUAUCUCACACAGAUCACGUAAUGCCAUUUCUGAGAUCUUGAAAGGAUUGUUGCUGGACAGCAAAGCAAAGAAGAAAGGGAUGUCGAUCGAUGUGUAUGGAAAGAUAUUCAAAAAUUGUCUGUCUUUAUCAACUACUGAGUUUUGUGGUUUCUGGUUAUUUCUUGCCACCUUCUCCAUUUCGUAUCUAUGCGGUUUUGAUGAUCUAGUGCCCGACUUUUUGGGUCUGACACAAUACGUUUUGUACGAUAUGAAACUCCUGAUUUACUAAGCCAAAAUUGAAUUUUUAAGUAUUUUGAAAACAAAACUAUUACAUAGUCCCUUUGCAACUACAUCAUUGAUCAGUUGAGGCGCCAUGAUGGACGUAGUAAGUGACUGACGGGAGUAUUAAACAGAGAAGACUGCCAUUGUUCUCCCAAAUUGUUUUUGCCAGUAUAGCCUCAGCUUGCACUCGAUCUUUCUAAUGGUACAAAAGGUAAAUGCCUUUUUUUGUACCUUACCUUCUUUCCUCAACAUAAACUUUACGAUAAAAUGACAGGUCUGGUUUGCGUCCUUGUCUGUUUGUGCAGCAUUCUAUGAAAUCAACUAAAUAAAUGCGAUGUUAGGCUACCGACCGUCAGUUAAACCACGUCCGUCAUGGCGGAGUGGGUCGGAUUCUGAAGAGUGUGACGUCACGUGCAAAGGGUCAAAUACACUACGGCUUAAAUAUAUGAGUAUAAAGAAAGGUUAUUGGUGAUAAGUACCAAAUAGAUACAGGAACAGACAAAAAACAGGAAUCCAUUAGAUACAACACAACGGUACGAAUUUGUGAAAGGAGCGACCCAGAACCACUUAGGCUGAUGAUGUAAAGGCAAGAAGCAACGUUUUGAAUGAGAUGUACGUGGAUUGGCAAACAGAAGGUGUUGGAGUGGCACUUUUCCACGUUAAAUGCUACUCAGAGAUACCUUGAAGCAGCAAAUAUCAGCAAUGUAUUGGCAUAAAUAUUACAGUGUGUGGUUGAGAUUUGAGGCCCAGUUUAAGCUGACGGGAGGAUAUGUGUUUUUUUUGUUAUGUAUUUCAGGUGUGUUUUAAAUGUUAUGUUGAUUGAAAUGUUUCAGGUUUGAAUUUUGGAGUAAGUAGAGAGGGAAUAUGUCAUUUUGUAUGUUUGUUUCCUUUUUUUUCUUUUUUUUUAAUCGUUUUGUGUUGAUAUCCGAGCACAUCAUCUGUUGAGCGACCAGAGGACGUGUUUUUGUUUUGUCAGCAUCUGGACACUGAAACUAAUGCAAUCAAGCAUCCAGACAUCAGAAUCAGGUCUAUCUUUUUUUUUUUUUUGGUUUUGUUUUUGCUUUUUUCAGUUUUUUUGUCAGACAUUUUGAUACUGUAUUUUGUUGAAGUUCUGUGUGUUUUACGUUUUUAGUUUUGUCAUUCACCACCGGUCACAUUGCAACUGCAGGGCAGUUCAAAGAGCAUCUAAUUUAUUUUACUCCCCGACAGAAAUGCUGGAGAGUAUCGAAACAAUUGACAAGGUGUCCAAUCACUGACAUUGACACUGUGCGAAUUUAAAAAACAUACAUUAGUUAUCUGUUAAGAAGAUCACAUUAGGCAUGUCAGCGUUGCAUGGCACUUUAGCUACACUGUAAAGCAGGUCGCGUAAACUAACAGGUCGAGUACAAUUUAAUGUCGUUACAUCUGGGAAAGUUAAAAAUGACAAAAAAAUAAUAAUAAUUAAAUAAAACUAUAUUAUUUUUUAGGGCAUUAGCAGAAAAAGUGGGCUGCAGCGCCACCUUGUCUUAAUCAAGGGACAUAGCAACUACACAGAAACCUUUCUGUUUAUUAGUAUAUAUUGUACUGAUAUUCUCAGCAGCAGCAAAAUGAGUAUCAGUGUUUUGGGGUUUUUUAUUAGUUAGCUUUUUUUAAUUACUUAAACAAAACAGUUGAUUUUAGCACUGACAAAAAAAAAGAGUCAAAUUAGGCCCCGGAUAGAUUGAUUUUUUUUUCUAAAAAAAAAAAAAAGCAUGGCUGAUGUUGUCAUACCCAUGCCACCACAGUAUGAGGCGACAAAGUUACAAAGUUAAUAUUCUCAACCUCAAAAUCUUGAUUUUGGCUAAUAUGGUAUCACACAGUAUUUCCCCCGCAAGAGUUUCUUUAGUUUACAAUACAGGUUUGAUAUUUAGAGAGUCGGAGUGAAGCAAAAAAAAAGUUGUGGAAAAUUUCUUAGAAUCCACUCAGCUCAUAUUGAAGGUGACAGUGAGUCUGUGUGUCAUUAUAUUCAGUAUGUUACAGACAUCCAGGCUGUACAGAUCUGUACUUUUAAAAAUAUUUUCUCUUUUCAUUCCAAAAGAUUCUUUGUACAUGGAUUGGAGGUGCAAACAAAGAAGAAACAUGUUUGCAAAAAUGUUUCUGUCGUUGUGGACAGUGUGUAAAGCUCGCAGUAGUAGCGCAGCACAGCUCCACAGGAAUUCAGAAAAGUGGUUAUUUAGAUCGCCUGUAGGUAAUUGCAACAAAUUUAAGGCUUUUUAUAUUUCUGUUUAUUUAUAGGAAAUUAAUAACAACCAUGACAUAAGUUCUAAUCAUCUGGUUGAUUAUAUCUAGACUGAAUGUUCUUCUGUUAAAGACUUUUCACAUUUUCUUGCGUAAACUUCACCGGUUCUUCCCGCUGACCCUGUUAAAGGCUCUAGAGAAGAAGUUUGCCACACACGUAAUCCUGUUUUACAAAGCCUUCUGGAAUUUUUGUUUCAUUUUGCGUGUCUUGGUUGUGGUUUGUAUUAUUUUUGAAACAUGGGCGUUUCAGCGAUUUUUGUAACAUGCCGACUCACUGACUGUACUCAAAAGUUUCUGUGCUUCAAUUAAAUUAGUUACUAUGUUUAUGUUGCAAUCGCCUUGAACAGAAUGACACAGACGAGACACUUAGCUUCAUGUCCUUGUUGUCAUUUACACAUUCCUCCUGUUUUGAGUUGUAUCAUUAUCAUUGUCUUUAGCAUGCUAUAAUGACUGAACGUCACAUUACAUGUAAGUGUAAAAACCUGUUGCAUUUCACAUCACUGUUCUUCAGGAGCUGGAAUUAGCAUUAAGGCUUCCCAAAACACAGUUUUUUUUGUUUUGUUUCGGGGGGGUUUAUGACAAACUAAUUGAUUCAUUCAAGUAAUUUUUUGUUACUCUUUGAAGGAAACUUUUCACAGCUUUUUACAUGAGCAGUAUAACCAGUAGUAUCAAAAACAAUGUAAAAGGUGGUUGAUUUGCUAUUGUUAGCUGAUAACUUUUUUUUCACAGUACCAAUAAAGUUUUGCUCUUAACCUUC